AUGGGAUCCGGCCACGGAGAGAUCGACUUCAAACUCUACCGGUAUACGCCAUCGUUGGCGGCCGCGAUUCUGUUCAUCGUCCUCUUCGUCCUGAUCACGGCAUACCAUCUGUACCAGGUCAUUCGGGCGAAAUCCUGGUAUUUUCUGAUAUUCGUUGUCGGCGGUGUUUUUCAAAUCAUUGGAUACAUCUGUCGCGUCCUCGCUCACUCCGAUAAAGAGAAUGUCCCGAUAUACGCCAUUCAAACGCUUAUGAUCCUGCUCGCUCCACCGCUCUACGCUGCCUCGAUCUAUAUGACUCUCGGUCGACUUAUUCGCUAUUUGAACGCCGAACACCUUAGUCUGGUGCCGGUGAAAUGGCUGACUCGGAUUUUCGUGACGGGCGACGUCCUCUCCUUCUUGAUGCAAGCAUCCGGAGGUGGAAUCAUGGCCUCCGGCACCAUCUCCGCCAUGAACACCGGCGAACACGUCACCGUCGGCGGUCUCUGCGUGCAACUAGUCUUCUUCGGCGUCUUCGUCAUCGCAUCUAUCAUCUUCCACCUGCGGAUUCGAAAAUCGCCCACCUCUGUCUCCCUCGCCGCUCCUCCUUCCGCCUCGCGCAUGCCCUGGAACGACGCCACCUGGACGGGCACGAUGUGGGGUCUUUAUACAUCGAGCGUGCUGAUUCUAAUUCGGUCCAUUUUCCGGCUUAUUGAGUAUGCGCAGGGCAAUGAUGGGUAUUUGAUCAGUCAUGAGGCUUUCAUGUAUGUUUUUGAUGCGAUGUUGAUGUUCUUUGCGAUGAUUGCUUUGAGUAUUUGGCAUCCGAGCAAGGUGUUGAAGGAUGGGAAGAAGAAGAAGCUUGAGGAGGGGGGAGAGGAGGGUGAAGGGAGAGAGUUGAGGGAGGUGGAUUCUUGA